UUAAAUUUUUAUUUCUUUAAAGACAGAAAAUUCUAGAACCUGCCCUUUCUGUGUCUGUGGCUCUAUAAUACAAUUAUACAAGUAAAUACAAUUCAUCCCCACCCUUUUGAAUUUUUGCUCCCUUACCCAUCUGCUGUUAUUGGAUCUUGAUCAACUCUUCGAAGAAAUUAGUGAUCUCCCCUUUUAAGGUGUUCUUCAGACUAUGGCCUCGAAACGGAUCUUGAAGGAGCUCAAGGAUUUACAGAAAGACCCUCCUACCUCUUGCAGCGCUGGCCCUGUAGCCGAGGACAUGUUCCAUUGGCAAGCCACCAUCAUGGGACCUGCAGAUAGCCCUUAUGCAGGAGGUGUAUUUCUAGUUUCUAUUCAUUUUCCCCCUGAUUAUCCGUUCAAGCCUCCAAAGGUUGCAUUUAGGACUAAGGUAUUCCACCCAAAUAUUAAUAGCAAUGGAAGCAUAUGUCUGGAUAUUCUUAAAGAACAGUGGAGCCCGGCACUAACCAUUUCCAAGGUGCUGUUGUCCAUAUGCUCCCUGUUGACGGACCCCAACCCCGACGAUCCGCUUGUCCCGGAAAUUGCUCACAUGUACAAGACCGACAGAGGCAAGUAUGAAGCCACUGCUCGCAGCUGGACACAGAAGUAUGCCAUGGGAUGAUGGCGCAUGAAAACACUCCAGAAGCAUGGGUUUCAUCUCCUUCAGGUAAAAGAAGGGAAAUAUUAUGAGAAAGAGUCUCCUUUCUGGACUCGAUGUUGGCAAGGAACUUUGUUGUCAUUUUGUGAAUAUUAUUUGAAGACAUUAGGGGAUUGGAAAACUGUAAUUUAAUGUUUGUUAAGUGAAUGCUCUGCUUCUUGUUCUACAACUCAUAUGAUUGAUUGACAAAUAAUUAAUGUUUUGUGGGCACGAUUCCUACGGACACAA